GAGCGUCAUCUGUCGGGACGUCAUAAAUUGAAACACUUUUGUUCGUACAUUCAUGCAUUGACUGAACUUUUCGUAGACUCGUGCAAAUAGAAAAAGAAUAAGUUAAUGUUUUUAAUCUAUCGAAACAUGUCAGAUAUCUAAUUUCAAGUAAAAUAGCUGAUAAGUUUAAUGACGUUUCUCAGUAAGUCUGACGUGUGGUAUGUGUCAAUGUGCAGUGUGUGCAAUCAUGCAGGUGAUCAAAUCCCUAGGAGCAAGAUAAUACACUUUAAAGAAUAAAGUGAAAAUAGAUAUAAAAAACAUUUGUAUAAAUUUUGUCUACCUUUGUUAUCUAUGUAGAACUAUCAUAGAAAUAUAUCAGUAAGCUCUCAUAAAAAGAAUUUACGAUUUGUAUUGAUAAGAACGAAAUAUCUCUAGUCAUACGGCUAAUAGCUUAAUCCUCGACCUUGGGUGUGGUACAAGCAGAGCCACAAGAGUUUUGAAUUUCGGGUAAUACAAGAAUCAUCGUAAAAGAAUUCCUGAGGUUACGAGAUAAGGCAGUGUGAAUCAGCCGAUCAAAGUGACUGUAGUGAAGCAGCAAAUUUUACGAACAAUAAAAUAUUUUUCAAUUUAACAAUAACAUAUUGGUUCUAAUUCUUUUUUAAAUAUACUUUUUUAGCUCACCGGGUAAGUUGACAUUUUUCUUCAGUGGUACAAGCUCCAUAGUGGAAUGAACACAUUUGAAAUCUAUGCUUUUAGCAGAUAAAUAUAAAGUACUAUUAAAAAGAUAAUUUUCUCUGAUAAGGGAUUUAAUACCAUACAAGUCGAAAUAUUACGCCUGUCAAGUCGAUUACUUAUACAAAUUCAAUAUCUUAUAUCUAGAAGGAAAAUGUCUAAUACCAAUAAUUUAGAGCAACAUAUUGCAAACUUGCAAAUCAAUCAUGGUGAUAAUACAAUCAAAGUUAAAUCCGGGAAGAAAGUUGGCCCUGCUGUUCCACCUAAACCAAAAAAAUGUCAACCCCAGAUACCGCAAAGUUAUUCAAUAAAGGCAGCACCAAUGCCAUCAUAUAGUACUGUACUCAAUAAUACUGGAAUAAAUGAAAAAUCUACAAACCUAUACAUGAAUUCACCUUCUCCAUAUGUACCAAUGAAUAUGGAAAAAAAUGAUUUUAAUAUACCCACAAUGACCAAUGGAAAAGAGAAUGUAAAACUAUAUCAAAAUAAUGAAAAUUUCUACGUACAUCAAACAAAGGAAAAGUUUGAACCUAAAUAUGGAUAUGAUGAGAAAAAUUAUUAUUCAAAUGUUGGAAAUUUACCAGCUCCUCAAGUACCAGUGGAAGAUCGUAAUGAUAGAGCUACAAAUAGUGCAGUAUAUAGUAAUGUUGAAUCUCCAUCGCCUAUUUCUGUUUCUACACAAAAAAAAACAGAAAAAGAUAUCAUUUACAGUAAUAUACAAUGGAACCCAAAAUCGGAGAAUACUUACAGUAAUAUUCCAUCUUCUCAUACCAAUGAUGAUUUACCACCACCACCUGAACCUUCAGAAUAUGUUGCUUGCAUUCCAGGAAAUUCAUUUCCUCCACCUCCCGAAGAAUUACCACCACCACCUAGUCCUGUCUCAUCCAGUUACAGCGAAUUAAGACGUGCAACUUAUCAAACUGAUUUUCCUGCUGGAAAUUAUCCUAAUGAUAUUUAUGGUCCAAGUUCUCAAUCUAGCUCAACAUAUGAGUCUAUAUAUGAACCUAUUAAUCCUAGACCACCAUCUCAACUAUCUUGCAAUUAUUCAAUGUAUUCUGGAUAUGGAUCUGCUACUUCUACUCAACCACAGGGAAAAGUAUCUCCUGUGAAAGAAGUCGAUGUUUUAACUGAUUUAUUAGUUCAAGGAAUGUCCGAUAAUAGCGAAGAAAGUGAUAUAUAUGGUAUUUGUGCACAGUGUGGAUGUAAAGUCGAAGGAGAGGGUACAGGCUGUUCUGCAAUGGAUAAAGUUUUUCACAUAAAUUGUUUCUGUUGCUAUGUUUGUAAAGUCAAUCUACAGGGUAAACCUUUUUAUUCAUUAGAAGGCAAACCUUAUUGCGAAGAAGAUUAUUUAAACACUUUAGAAAAGUGUUGCGUGUGUACUAGACCAAUUCUUGAUAGAAUAUUAAGAGCUACAGGGAAACCUUAUCAUCCAUCAUGUUUUACGUGUGUAGUUUGUGGGCAAAGUUUGGAUGGUAUACCUUUUACAGUAGAUGCUACAAAUCAAAUACACUGUAUUCAAUGUUUUCACAAAAAAUUUGCACCUCGUUGUUGUGUGUGUAAAUUACCCAUCAUGCCAGAACCUGGGCAAGAAGAAACAAUACGAGUUGUUGCUCUAGAUCGCAGUUUUCAUAUUCAGUGUUACAAAUGUGAAGAUUGUGGUUUGAUACUAUCUUCUGAUUUAGAAGGUCAUGGCUGUUAUCCUCUAGAUGAUCAUGUGCUUUGUAAAAGUUGUAAUGCAAGUCGUGUACAAGCAUUAACAUCUCAUAUGACUACCGAAUUAUAAAUUUUGCUGAAAUUUGAUUUUACAAUUAGAUUUUCAUAUUCAUAUACUAUAUGUUUGAUUA